GAUCAACGAUGAGCUCCAGAAUGGCAGGCAAAAGCAAUCCCCAAGCCGCAGUAGAUCUUUUCGAGUCCGCAGAGUACAACACUCGCAUCAACAAACUCAUCGAUGAAUGGCACAUUCCCGCCCUUUCCAUCUCCCUCGUCCACAAUGGAACCACAACAUCGCGAGCCUUCGGCAAACCAAACCUCGACUCUUCCGCCCCAUGCACACCCUCCACCCUCUUCGACAUAGCCUCCUGUUCCAAAUCUCUCACCGCCGCCUCCGUCGGCCUCUUCGUCGACGAUGACGAAAACUACCCUCACGUCCAAUGGGACACGCCAAUCUCCAAGCUCCUCCCAGACGACUUCGUCAUGUCGCAAGACGACUGCACCCGCAACAUCACCGUCGAAGACAUCCUAAGCCACCGCACUGGUCUUCCGACUCACGAUGGAUCGUAUCUCGGCCAGACCGCUUCAACGCCCGACACGCCCAAGUCUGUGACGCGGAAUCUGAGAAAUCUGGAGCUGAAUGCGGGUCUUAGAGCCAAGUACCAGUACUGUAAUAUCAUGUUUACUGUUGCUGCUCAUUUGGUGGAGGUCCUCAGCGGGAUGCACUUUGCGGACUUCUUGCAAGAGAAGAUUUUCGACUCUUUGGGUAUGAAGUCCACUUUCUUGUAUCCUGAAGUCGCGCAACGAUCCAGUCAGGGCCAUGAGCUCGCGGUUGGCUACGAAUGGUUUGCAGAGAAAGAGCACCAUUGCACUAUCCCGUACGACAACACUCCCGAGGCCGCAGGCGCGGGCUGCAUCGUCACCACGCCGACCGAUUACUGCAAGUGGCUGCAGGCUUUCAUAUCCCAAUCCGCUCCGCUGUCGCCCAAGCUCGUGAAAGGCCUCACCACACCACGAACCAUCUGCAAUGGCGAUGCCGACGCAGGCGACCUGGAACCACAUACCUCUUUCCAAAUGUACGCCUUGGCGUGGGAAACGUACUUCUACCGCGGACUGAAAAUUGUGCGACAUGACGGCUGCAUCGGCGGAUUCUCCAGCGUGCACUUCUUCUUGCCGGAACACGGACUCGGAGGUGCACUUUUUGGUAACACGGAAGAAGCGUCGAGUGUUGGUGAGGUGGUAAUGAAGGAGCUCAUUGACGAGUUGCUCCAGAUUCCAAAGGAUGAACGACCAGAUUGGAACGCCAUCAGGUGGAAGGGGUACAAUGAAAUGGCGAAAAAGUCGGCACACGAGAGGGAAGACGUCCUCGAGAAGGUCUGCUCAGAUUUGAAGGAACCUCAGCCAUUCAAGGGGUCGCUGGACAAGUACACAGGAGAAUACUGGAACUCUGGGUAUCGGGGGGUGACAAUGGAAGUCAAGGAGGGAAAGCUCUUCGUUGAUAUGAGCGAUCGGUCUUGCAACGGGUUCUGGUUGAAAUUUGAGCAUCUCAGCGAUGGGACACUUUUCCUUGUGAAUCUCGUCCGACCUUUCGAGAGCGCAAACCAAGAAUUCUGGGAGGCGAGAUUUGUGAUUGAGAAUGGGCUGGUGGUCAAGAUGGGCUUGAAGUUGGAGCCGGACAUCGAGGGCCUGAUCUGGUUUGAUCGAGUAGUGAAGGCUUGA